AGGUACUGAUUAAGCGCUGAGAAAACACCUGUUGCUUCUGUUGUUGUUUGUGACGACUGUAACUUGAGCUCAUCUUUAGUAUCAAGAGCAAUGGAUCUUCAAAAUCAUCUGCCGUUUACCGUGUCUCUUUGCGUAGCGGCGCUCGCCACCGUGUGCUUCUCGCUCUUCUACGUUCUAAUCUCGCUGAUGCAGAUUACGACCCUGCUAGAUAUCGUCUUCCCUGUCACACCGGAAAGUCCACCAAAUGGGCUGCGGCAGCUUGUUGCCUCCAUCGGCUACUCUCUCAUUGGAGGCGAGACACCGCUAUACCUCAACCAAUCCGCGUUUGCCAUGACGGCGUUGUUGUUUUCGUUAGUGGUGCUGUUGAUACUUGUCGAGGAGUCGCUGCUGCGCGUGAAGGAGAAGGUGCGGGCAUGGGGGAAGCUGCCCAGUGUGGAGGUGCUGCACCACUACAACCGCAAUAGCUACGACGUUGCCCUGAAGCAAACAGGGAAGGGCUUAGCUAGGAAGAAGCUGAUGUGA